UUCUUUCUUUCAUUUUCUUGAUUUUGCAGGCUUAGGAAGAAUUUUUUUUCUUUCCAUAAUUUUGAUUGUCUUCGUCAGUGUAACAGUAAUCUUUUCUUUGAUUUUAUUCUCUCAUUAUCGUCUCUUUUUCUGGAGUGUGAAGAAGGUUUUGGAACAAGUGUCCUUCUCAAAAUUUGUUUUAGGGGUUUUUAAUUUAAUUUUGUUGCUUCAAAACCCCAAAAAGACAUGAACAACAACAGGUCUUUCAGUACUACUACCACCAUCAGUGAAGACUACAUGUUAUUCCCUUAUAAUGACCAUUAUUCUUCACAACCACUACUCCCUUUUAGCCCUUGUUCUUCCAUUAACGACAUCUUGAUUCACUCCAACUCCAACCCCAACAUAUUAAGCCAUCAUCUUGACCAUCGUUAUCAAUUCUUACAAGCACCUUCUUCUUUUUCUCAAUUCGAAUUCGUCCCGGAUUUUGCCCUCCUCCCCUAUCUCCACCAACAAAACAACGGCCAUAAUGAUAACAAAACCACCAGUGACCAUCAUCAUCCAUCACUUCUUCCCUUGAACAACUCUAUUGGAGAAUCUCUCGCUGAGCCCUCGGAAACCAUAACCACCCACAUAGAAGAUUCCCAGAGAAACUCAACUUUUCAAGACCCAAAAAUGAAUAAAGUAAAAAAACCAAGCAGAACGGACCGUCACAGCAAGAUCAAAACGGCGAAAGGGACAAGAGAUCGUAGGAUGAGACUCUCACUUGAUGUCGCCAAAGAGUUGUUCGGCUUGCAAGACAUGCUGGGAUUCGACAAAGCCAGCAAAACUGUGGAGUGGUUGCUCACACAAGCCAAACCGGAGAUCAUAAAGAUUACGAGCAGCCUUUCUAACCAGUUUAAGCAUGGCGGACCGGCGAUAGGAUCAAUGCACACAUCGUCUGAUCUAUGCAAAAUUGGAUCAAUGUGGACAGUCGAGGAUGGAGGCAGCAAUACUAACUCGACCGAAACAAGAGAAAAUAAGGUGGAUGGGAGAUUGAUGAGAGGGAAGAGAAAGAUGUUGCAGCCACGAACGCCUAUUUUGAAGAAGUUGUCCAAGGACGCCAGAGAGAGAGCUAGAGAGAGAGCAAAAGAUAGAACAAAGGAGAAGAUGCUGAAGAGAAUAUCACAAGUAAAUAUUUUGGAUGAAGAAGCUCAUAAUCAUCAUGAUGAGAUAGCAAAGGACAAUAAAAGCCAUGUGAAUUGCAAGUCUUUUGAGGUGGCGCCCUGCGAAGAAGAGAUCGAACAACUUCUUUGUAAGAACGAUGAUUUUGCAGUUUGCAAUGAAUUUGUGGCCAACAAAUUUAGUUCAUCAUUUCCAAUGCCUAAUCACCAUCGCAGCCAAGAGACAGCCAGCUCGCUAGAUCAGAUUGAAAGGCGCCGUUUUUACGAUUGACAGAUUAUAUUAUUUGCCAAAUUUCAUUUGUUAGUUUGGUUACGUGCCUUGCAGCAGCAGCGUCAGUUUAUGGAUUUUCAUCACUACUUGGAGAGACCAAGAGACCUCAUGUACAACUACCAUAAUAUGUGCUGAUAUCGAUUAACCGUUAAUUUUUAGAAAAAUUAUUUGUUGAGCGAUACUGUGCCACAUAUUAAAGUGAUGUAAAAUAAUCAAAGUCUUUUGUAUAAUAUUGUAUUUCUAUAAACGCAUUUUGUUAAUAUAAUAUAUGCGUGUUGAG